AUGUCGGGCCUCCUGUCUCGCGCGACAACCGACUCGCGCUUCCAGCUCGCCGCGACCGCAGUGAUAUCAGGAGGCAUUGUGGCCGCGGGUCUUCUGAGCUACCAGCGCCUGUCACACGAGCAGAGAGUGUCCAGGCUCAAGGACUCGAUACCCAACCCGAGCGACGACCACCCGCUGCAAAAACUCACGAGCCUCGGAACGAUACCUGCGCCCGACAAGGAAGACAUCCGGACCGAGGCACUCGCGCGGCGCGCUCAGGCCGGCGACUUCGACGAUGAGCUGAUCCUCGAGCAGCUGGCGCGGAACCGCGUCUUCCUGACGCCCGAAGGCCUCGACAAGCUGCGCAGCUCCUUCGUCGUCGUUGUGGGCUGCGGCGGCGUCGGCAGCCACGCGACGGCGGCGUUCGCCCGGUCCGGAGUCUCGAAGCUGCGGCUGGUCGACUUCGACCAGGUCACGCUGAGCAGCCUGAACAGGCACGCGGUUGCAACACUGGCGGACGUCGGAUUGCCCAAGGUGCAGUGCUUGCAGAGGCGGCUGAGGGCAAUCGCGCCCUGGGUCAAGUUCGACCUGCGCCUGGAGAAGUUUGACGGGGAGAGUGCCGAGAGGUUGCUGGCGCCGUGGGCCGAGGGCGGUUGGAAGCCGGAUUUCGUGGUCGAUGCGAUCGACAACAUCGACACCAAGGUCGCGCUGCUCAAGUACUGCCAUGACCACAAGAUCGAGGUGAUCUCCGCCAUGGGCGCUGGGUGCAAGAGCGACCCGACGAGGAUCAUCACCGGAGAUAUCAGCACAAGCACGGAUGACGGCCUGUCAAGGGCGACAAGGCGCCGCCUGAAGCUGCAGGGCGUUACGCACGGCAUCGCUGCGGUUUACUCGACGGAGAGGACGUCAGAGGGCAAGGCACAGCUGCUGCCGCUGUCUGAUGAGGAGUUCCAGAAGGGUACGGUUGGUGAUCUGGGACCGCUCCCCGACUUCCGCGUGCGCAUAUUGCCUGUUCUCGGAACCAUGCCAGCAAUCUUCGGGCUCACGGUGGCCAACCACGUCAUUCUAAAGAUCACAGGCUAUCCUUGCGAUUACGUCGAGUCCAAGGCAUCAGGAAAGACGCAUGACUCUCUGUUCUCUGCGAUACAGGCGAACGAGCAGAGGCUUGUAAGGUCAGAGCCAGGGGCUCCGGCUGAUAUUGCUCUGGGCCUGAGGAUACCACUGACCCACGGCGAGGUGGCCUUCCUCGUGGAGGAGAUGUAUAGGGGUAGGAGUGCGAUCAGUGGCCUACCGACGAGUCUUUUCCUCAUUAGGUGGAGGAAGCCCCAGGCAAGCAUCCUGAAGACACUGGGUGAAGGAGAAGACCAGCAGAGGUGGACAACCCUCCAGAUGAGUGACCUUGUGUGCAUGACCAAGAAGGAGUUCAAGAUACAUGAGGAGCAAGUGCUCAAGGGAGGCAAGUCUCCGGAGGAUCUGUACGAUGCCGAAACCGUCAAGAGGGUCGAGGCCAAGAUAGCAGAGGUUGUCGAGUACGAGAAGUACAGGUAA